CGGGCGCCCGCACUCAGGUCCCUCCGCAGCGGGUUCUCAGUUGGUCGCUGGGCAGACCCAGGUCGCGCUCCCACUGCCGAGCCCGCGAGAUCCAGCAGAGCAGGCCUGUGUGCACGUAGGCAGCCAAUUAGGGGGGAAGGGGUGGGGGCCAGACCGUCUGUCUGUUCUGCCGGCGCAGGGGCCUCUGGCCCCUGCAGGGAAGAGAGACUCAAGACCUGCUCCCUCUCCACCUGGACCCCACCCAGCUUCCUCUGGGGAGCAAACAGAUGCUCCCCAGAGCUGCCUGGAGCUUGGUGCUGAGGAAAGGUGGAGGUGGAAGACGAGGGAUGCACAGCUCAGAAGGCACCACCCAUGGUGGGGGGAAGAUGUCCCCCUACACCAACUGCUAUGCCCAGCGCUACUACCCCAUGCCAGAAGAGCCCUUCUGCACAGAACUCAACGCUGAGCAGCAGGCCCUGAAGGAGAAGGAGAAGGGAAGCUGGACCCAGCUGACCCACGCCGAAAAGGUGGCCUUGUACCGGCUCCAGUUCAAUGAGACCUUUGCGGAGAUGAACCGUCGCUCCAAUGAGUGGAAGACAGUGAUGGGUUGUGUCUUCUUCUUCAUUGGAUUCGCAGCUCUGGUGAUUUGGUGGCAGCGGGUCUACGUAUUUCCUCCAAAGCCGAUCACCUUGACGGACGAGUGGAAAGCCCAGCAGCUGCAGCGCAUGCUGGACAUGAAGGUGAAUCCUGUGCAGGGCCUGGCCUCCCGCUGGGACUAUGAGAAGAAGCAGUGGAAGAAGUGACUUGCAUCCCCAGCUGUCUCCCUGCGGCUCCGCCCUGGCUGGGAGCCUCUGGCGGCCCCUCCCCUCCCCUGCCCUUAACCCUAGUAAAGCUCCAAAAAAAAAUUU